GGCCGCGCGGGGCCGAAGCCCCAGCCCCGGCUGCUGGGCCUCGCUCCGUGAGGAGACAUGGCGGCCCUGACGACGGUGGUGGCGGCGGCGGCGGCAGCCACGGCGGGGGCGGGGGCGACGCCCGGGCCCGGCGCGGGAGCGGCGGCGUCUCCACAGAGCAAUAGCUAUCUGGGUGCCUCUGGUAGAAUUCGGCCUCAGCUGCAGAACUGGAAGCAGAAAGUUAGUCGCAUGAAGAGAGCAGAAUUCCUACGCACAGCAGAAAAAUUAAAAAAUCAGGUUAUUAUCAUAGAAAAAGAUAAGUACAGUCAUCUCUACAACCAAAAGAGUGACUUCAGAACUGAGCACAAUAUGCUGGAAGAAUUGGAAAACAAAUUGAUUAACAGCAGGAAAACAGAAAGAGCAAAAAUCCAGCAGCAAUUAGCCAAAAUACACAACAACGUCAAGAAGCUUCAGCAUCAGUUGAAAGAUGUGAAGCCCACCCCUGAUUUUGUUGAAAAGCUCAGAGAAAUGAUGGAAGAAAUUGAAAACGCAAUGAAUACUUUUAAAGAAGAGCAAAGGCUGAUAUACGAAAAGCUUAUUAAGGAAGAGAGAACCACUAACAACGAGUUGAGCGCCAUCUCACGAAAGAUUGACACUUGGGCUUUGGGGAAUUCAGAAACAGAGAAAGCUUUCCGCGCCAUCUCAAGCAAAGUGGCGGUGGACAGAGUGGCGGCCAGUACCCUUCCGGCGGAGGUGGUGGAGUUUGAAAAAUUCCUCCAGCAGACAGGAGGGCGCCUGGGGGGCUGGGAUGAGUGUGACCACCAGAACUUCCUGCGCAUCCGGAACAAGCACAGGGGGAAGGCCGCCUUCACGCGGGAGGCUCUGCAGCACCUGCCGGGAAGGACGCAGGAGGAGGUGGAGCUGCACGAGCAGUGGUUCCAGAAGUUCCUGGCCCUGGAAGAAAAGAAGAAAAAGUCUAUUCAGAAUUGGAAAACUAAAAAACAGCAAAAAAAGGAAGAACUCAUCAAGUUAAAAGAAAACCCAGACAUGGUGCCUGUUACUGCUUCUAACAAACCGGAAGAUCAUGAAAAGCACAAAGAGGAUCAAAGAAAGAGACAGAAAAUGGCGGUUGAAGCUUGGAGAAGACAGAAGAGCCUGGAGCUGUCGAUGAAGUCGGCCUCGCAGCUGAAAGAGGAGGAGGAGAGGGAGAAGCGGCAGCAAAGGGCACGCCAGCGCCAGCUCAAACUCAGACUCCUGCUGGAGAGUUACACCCAGCAGAAGAAAGAGCAGGAAGAGUUUCUGCGGCUUGAAAAGGAGACAAGGGAGAAAGCAGAAAAGGCAGAGAGAAAGAAAAUCGCUGCUGAUGAAAUUUCCAGGUUUCAAGAAAGAGAUUUACACAAACUCGAGUUGAAAAUUCUAGAUAGACUGGCAAAGGAAGACGAAAAGGCAGAAAAACAAAGAAGGCUGACCAAAUUAAAAGAAAAGGUUGAGAAUAAUGUCAGCAGAGAUCCCUCCAGGCUUUACAAAGCUACUAAAGGUUGGGAAGAACGAACCAAAAACAUAGGACCGACAGGCUCUGGGCCGCUUCUUCAUAUCCCACAUAGGGCAAUUCCAACCUGGAGACAAGGAAUGAAGGGAACCCCCUGA